CGCAAAACAACAUGGCGGCCAGCAUAAACUCUUURAGGAGGCUGUAUUUCGCCGGCAUAAAGAGGCAUGGAAGGCAAAUUUUAAGGACACUUGGAGCAAAUGUCACUGCACAACAUCAACAACGACGUAAUCUUUCUAUUCAUGAGUACCACAGUAUGAAAAUACUGGAAGAUGCCGGUAUCUUAACACCUAAAGGAGGUGUUGCAAAUACUCCAGAACAGGCUUAUGAAGUGGCAUCAUUGUUAGAUGAGUCUGAAAAUACUGGUGAUAUGGUGGUCAAAGCGCAAGUACUUGCUGGGGGGCGAGGAAAAGGAGUAUUUGAAGGGGGAUUCAAAGGAGGAGUAAAGAUUGUCUUCUCACCUGAAGAGGCUCGAGAAGUUGCUUCAAGGAUGAUUGGCAAGAAACUGAUCACAAAACAGACUGGUGAACAGGGUAGAAUUUGUAAUGAGGUGCUGAUUUGUGAAAGACUCUAUGCAAGAAGAGAGUAUUACUUUGCGUUAGCACUGGAAAGAAAGUUUAUGGGUGUUGUUCUUGUUGGAAGUCCACAAGGUGGAGUUGACAUUGAAAAGGUUGCCAAGGAAUCCCCAGAAGCUAUAUUCAAACAACCUAUAGACAUCUUCAAAGGUCUUACAAUAGAAGGAGCCCGUGAAUUUGCCACCAAGAUGGGUUUUUCUAGUAGUUGUGUUGAGCAGGCAGCUGAGUGGAUGUUGCGCAUGUACAAUACUUUCAUUGAAAGAGAUGCUGUCUUACUGGAGAUAAACCCAAUGUCUGAAGACUUGUUCGGAAGAGUUGUUUGCAUGGACUGUAAGCUUCUGUUUGAUGAUAAUGCUGGCUAUCGACAACCUGAGAUAUUUGACCUUCGUGACUGGACACAAGAAGAUCAAAGAGAAGUUGAGGCUGCGAAACAUAACUUGAACUAUAUUGGUCUUGAUGGAAGUAUUGGCUGUUUAGUGAAUGGUGCUGGCUUGGCAAUGGCAACAAUGGACAUCAUCAAGCUGCAUGGCGGAGACCCUGCCAAUUUCCUGGACAUUGGUGGUGGUGCCACUAUUGAACAGGUCCACUCUGCCUUCAAGAUUAUCACUGAAGAUAAGAAGGUUCAUGCUAUCCUUGUCAAUAUCUUUGGUGGAAUUAUGAGAUGUGAUAUCAUUGCUGAGGGAAUUAUUAGUGCUGCAAAAGAACUUGGUCUUACUAUUCCAGUUGUUGUACGACUUCAAGGAACACGUGUUGAYGAUGCUAAAGCACUGAUUGCAGCAAGUGGUCUUCGUAUCAUUGCUUGUGAUGACCUAGAAGAAGCUGCUAACAUGGUCGUCCGUGUUGCCAACAUCAUCGAACUAGCAAGACAAGUUGAUCUCAAAGUCAAGUUUGAACUCCCUAUUUAAAUCAAUAAUUUUCCUUAUUUGCUGCAAUUCAAGUGGCAUUUGUAAAUUGACCUUUUGAUUAUUUUAUGGCGGAUAUUGAAURAUACUAAUAGCUUGCCUUGUAAAGAACAUGCAUAGCAGACAAUAAAGUCUUUUAAAUAAAACCUGUUCCGUUMUCA